AUGGCUUUCCCUGCAACCCUGUUCCGCCCGGCCGUCAUGACACCGUUUGGUCCACCUCUGUACAUCCCGGGCCCGUCGUUUGGCUCGAGCGUUUCCGUGUACGUGGGCAACCUCGAGGCUAGCGUCACGGAGCAGCAGCUCCUCGACCUCUUCUCCCAGGCAGUCCCCGUGGUAUCUGUCCGCAUCUGCGACGACAAGGUUACUGGAAGAUCUCUCGGCUACGCCUACGUCAACUUCCACUCGCAUGAGGAUGCCAAGGUUGCAUUGGAAUAUUUCAACUUUACUGUUGUCAAUGGAAAGUCUAUCCGUGUCAUGUUCUCAAAUAGGGACCCAACGCUGAGGAGGAGCGGGGCUGCCAAUUUGUUCAUAAAAAAUCUUGAGCCAAACAUUGUCGCCAAAAGUUUGCACCAGAUGUUCUCUAGGUUUGGCAUUAUUCUUUCUUGUAAAGUGGCCACUGAUUUAAAUGGUAAAUCAAAAGGAUAUGGGUUUGUUCAGUUUGUAAGCGAGGAAUCAGCUAAGGAUGCCAUGAAUGCCUUAAAUGGCAAGUUGGCCAAUGGCAAUGGCAAACAGCUCUAUGUUGAUCUAUUCAUUCGUCGCGAGGAGAGGCAGCACAUCGGUGGCGCAAGCAAAUUUACAAAUGUGUACACGAAGAACUUGCCUAAGGAAUUCACUGAUGACGACUUGUGCCGAGUGUUUGCACCAUUUGGUACAAUUACUAGCGCAGUAGUGAUGAAAGAUGGUGAUGGGGAAUCCAAAUGUUUUGGCUUUGUUAACUAUGAGAAAACAGAAUAUGCGGAAGAAGCUGUUGAAAAACUAAAUGGGAAAAUCAUCAGUGAUGUGGCCUUAUAUGUUGGAAGAGCUAAACGAAAACAAGAAAGACAAGCUGAGCUGAAAGAAAAGUUUGAUAAGGAAAGAAAUGACAAAAUCAGAAAGUCUAAAGGGUGCAAUUUGUACUUAAAGAACCUAGACUGUAGUAUCGAUGAUGAAUAUCUCAGAAAUUUAUUUGGAAGGUUUGAUGACAUAGGUACAUGCAAGGUCAUGGUUGAUUCAGAAGGAAGAAGCAAGGGUUUUGGUUUUGUAUUGUUCACGACAAUUGAAGCUGCCAAUAAAGCUGCACAAUUUGCUCGUCGUCACAUGGUAGGAGCUAGAACACCAGCGAUGCCACAGAACAUUGCCCCUCGUCCCUUCUACUUCGGUUAUGGUGUGCCUGGCGUGCUGGUCCGACCUCAAGCUACAGGUUUCGGGUAUCAGCAGUACCCACAACCAGUCAUUCCAGGAUUGAACCCUGGAGCUCCCAGCUUGAUGAUGCCAUACCACAUGCUGAGACCAAUCCACCAUCAGCCGCAACAACAGAUGGCUCAGCUACCAAAUUGGAAUCAGAUCGUCAGGUACAUGCCAAAUGCCUGCAAUGGACCUACCAACAGUGCAAUGGCUCCACAAAUGGACUUCGUGGCUCCAGUGGUGCCUCAGAUAUCUGUGCUAACUGAUAGCGUCGUCACAGCCCCAUCUAUUUCAGAGGAGCCAAGCAUAGACAGCCUUGCCACUGCUCUAGCUUCUGCUGAACCGGAGAAGCAACAUCUGAUUCUGGGUGAGAGGCUGCAGCCGCUGGUUGCUCAACUCGAGCCUGAGCAUGCUGGGAAGGUGACAGAGAUGCUGCUCGAGCUGGAAAAGGCUGUGGUCCUUGAGUUGAUAGAGUCCGCAGAAAAUCUCCAGGAGAAAGUUAACCAGGCAAUGGAAUCUCUGCGGCCAAAGAAAGAGGAAGGCACUAAUGAUCCUGCCGAACCUUCAUCCCUUAGUUUGAGUGCUAGAGCGAUGAUCCCUGUACCGUUUGGCACCUGUCCCUGCGAUCUAGUUGGAUUGAUGUUUAAUUAAUGUUGUGACUUAUGUUUAUUUAAGUUAAUUACUGAAUUCUUUUUUCAUGAUAUUUUCUGUCAAGGUUAUCUUUCGCUGAUUGUUCUUUCUAAAGCGCCGUAUGGUAGUACUAUCUUGUCAAAAAAAAGUCUCCCGAUA